AUGAUCCCGCGAGCCGGUCUACCCUACUUGUAGGGACAAUCUCCCACGUCUACCACCACCACCACCCCAACCCCACUACGAGGACUAUCAACCCCACGGAUGUGACUAGGGACACAAUAGAAGAAACUUUCUGCGUUACAGAGCUGACCCUUCUUGACGAGAGGAGCUCGAUUGGCGAGCAGAGCAUCAACCACAAGAUCGCGAUGAUUCCUACCAUGACUACUAGCGUGCUCUGGACUUUCACCGAGCACCCCAGGACACCCACCAAGAUCAUUACUAUGAUCAAGGGCGUUACCCAAGUCCUCCCCACUGUGACUUUGGUGGUGACCAUAGGGUCGAUCGAUUGGAUGAUCGAGACAAGCGAUGUGAGGACCAUAGGGCUCGCAUACUGAAAAGUGUGCGUGCCGAUGUGGCAGUCUUUGACAGCUCUCAUGAGCCCAAGGACUUCAUAGAUUGGGAGUCUAGUAUGAACUCCUAUUUCUGGUGGUACCGCAUGGAUGAUGAUUUAUGCGUGGAGUAUGUGGAGAUGAGACUUGGUGGACAGGCCAAGAUCUUUUGGGAAAAUGAGAGCUACGCGGCACAUUGACGAGGGCAGCCCAUCACAUCAUGGGUUGAUAUGGCAUCACACUUGAGGAACAAGUACGUUCCUCGACAGUACAAGUUGAUGCUGUUCCUCAGUUGGUUAGACCUUCGAUAGGGCAAGAUACCUGUCCAAGACUAUAUUCAGGCUUUUGAGGAGUGCUACAUGAGGUGUCGCUUUGUUGAGGACUCACGUGUGGUUUUGGGCAUUUUCACCCACGGACUUAGUCCACAACUUCAGAACGAGGUGCUGAAAGGCAACCCAUCUGAAGUAGACAAGGCCUACCGUAUAGUAGAGCAUAUGGAGUGACCCGUCGAGGACACACAGUUCACCCCACCUCCGAUCACCAUGAAGAUUGCGUCCACACGAUUUGCACAGACACCAAUGAUAGCAUCGACACGUACUAGCGUAGGGAACAGACGGACUACACCGGCGACAUCAGUAGGGUCUGCAUCACCCCUGCGUCCACCACCAGCCGAUGCAUCCGACUGUGCUACGGCCACAUCCCAAGCCUAUAUCACUUGUUUCAAGUGUAAGGGUAUGGAGCAUCAGAUGAGCCAAUGCCCAUUGACGUGACUCAGUCGUUGUAUGUUAAAUCACGCAAAUAUAAAAUUUAUAAAACUAGAAAAUACGAAUUUUCGAAUAUUUAGAAGUAUUUCAAAAUAAAUAUAUUAAUUAUAAUUCAAUAAAAAUCCCAAAAAUAGUGGUAAUUUUCCAGGUCGAUCACAGGGAUGUAAUAUAAUAUCUGGUAAUUAUUCAGAAUUUUUCUCAAUGAAUACGAUUUUCUUAUGAAUUUUAUACUAGGAAAUAAAAAGGAAAUAUAUUUAAAAUUCACGAAAAAAAAGGAAAUAAGGGUGUAGGCAUCAGGAUGACGUCAGCGCCCGGCGAACGCGAAUCAGGCAGAAACAGAGUUCUGCCCGGCGAUUCUUACGUAAGCGAUUACAGACGACUUAAUUAAUCAAAUUAAGAUCUAUAAAAGCCGGAAGAAUCUUAAUUUAACGAAGUAUAGUUUGGUAAAUUAAAAUCACAAAAAGUAUCACUAAAUAAAGCGUAAAUUAAAUUGAAAGCAAGAAAACAGAGUUCCGGCGUCGCGACGGCGAUGCGUCGGCGAUGCACCAGAAUCCUGAGCGUUUGGGAGGAUCGUUGUGCAGUGUCCACGGCCUCGAAGGCUCUCCUUGGACAAAGACGACGUGGGCAAUCUCUAGAUCUUAUCGCGAAGUCUAGAGAUCAAUGAAGUGGGUCGUCGAAUCGUCUCCGGCGGCUGUCACCCGGCGGAGCGGAAAAACGGCGACUUUGUGGCUCUCCGGCGGCUGUCACCCGACGGAGAGGAGCUGGAUGGAGGUGGGGCGCGUGUUAAGGAGCUUCAUCCUCAAGUCCGCGCAGCAAGAGGAGGCUCUUCAUCGCAUCUGGUACGCUCUCAGGAGGUGGCGAGUGGUCUCCCAGCGGAUCGUCCUCUUCUUGACGACGGCUUGUUUGUCGAUCAAUUGGAGAUGAUUUACUCGAUGGAUUCGCGAUCCUUUUAUCGCGAAUCGUUCAGCAAUUUUAGUAGCAAUGCUCCGCGAAUCGCGUUGACGAGAUUUUCGCCGAUGAUCUAGCGAUUCUCAUUGCUUAAUCCUUCACCGGCGAUCUGCAGGAAAGUCGCGAUAAUCAGAUAAAAAUAUAUGAAUUUUGACUCUGGGAGGAUUCGAACCCGCGCCGGUCGCCCCCGCCUCUUCUGAGGAAGGUGUGGGUUUAGUCCCACAUCAGUUGUACGCCGAGUUUUCGGGCGAAUAUAUAGUAAUGUUAGAUUUGUGAGUAAAGUCCCUUCUCUCCCGUGUACGACCACUCCUUGCCCCACAGCCGGCUGGCCACCGGUGACGUGGAAGGGGAGUGGCGUACGCGUGCCUAUCGGUCCCCAAGCCAAGCCGCUCGAGCCCCUGCUCGCAGCUUACUCCCCGACUGUGCUUCCGACCCGCUUGCGGGCACGGCUGGCCGGCGGGUCCUCCCCCAUUUUUACAAUAUUUUUAUUUUUAUUUCUUGUUCUUCAUUUAUCUCAAAAGUAAGACUGUAAAAAUCGUAUAAAAUCACAUAAUUACCCAAAAAUUCACGUUAAUCAAUUGAAAACCAAAAAUCAUUCUUUAACACAAAUAUAAGUCUAUUUAUCAUGAGUUAAGGCUAAAACUAUAUUAUUUACUAAUUAUUAACUCAUGAUAAUGAAGACUUAUCACCCAUCUUCAAAUCUCCUCAGAGAGAUCAAAGAAUUGGGUAGUGAUUCACACGAGGAAGACAUCCUCGUAGGCAAUGAUGUCUACAUUGCUGACGAGGGUUUGGCCAAGGAGUGUGAUGACACUCCUGAUUUGAUUGGUUACAUCCAGAUCCGGCCAGCCACCGUACCAGCAGCUAAGGCUGCCUCUCUCACUGCCUCAUCAACGAGCACUUCAUCGAGGGGAUUGGUCAAAAUCACUAUCUAGCGUCCAUCUCGAGACCUAGUUCCUACACCACAGCUAGACACCACGGCAGCUAGAGAGAUCACCCUGGCACCGAGGACGACUAUGCCCACAUCUUCGCCUACGACAGACGAUUCCCUUCACACGUCGAUCUUCUACACCUAUGUGAAGAUCAAUGGACAUGCGUGCAAGGUGAUCGUGGACAGCGGCAGUUGCGUCAAUGUUGUGUCAAACUAGGUCUUGUAGAGGGUAGGGCUGAGUACUAUUAGCCAUCUAACCCCUUACGACAUAUCAUGGAUAGAUGCCACCGCACUACCCAUUCAUCAAUAGUGCCAGGUGCCACUUAGGGUGAGCACCUAUGAUGAACACAUCUUGUGUGAUGUCCUUUCGAUGAAAAUCGGCGGCAUCAUACUUGGACGGCCUUAGUUGUUUUACUAUGACGUUCAACUCAUGGGAAGAGCAAACACUUGCUCUUUCAUGUAUCGAGAUCGGCGACUUGUUUGGUAUAUGCAUACCAACAAGCUUGUGCCGAAGCGAGACCCUAAGUCACGUAUUGGGUUAAUCGUGAUGAAGGGACCUGCCUUUCAGCACGAGAUCACGUCGGACAUAGAUGGAUCCCUGACGUGCUUUGCUCUCACUUUGGAUACACGAGAUGACAUGACCCUUACCCUCCCUUCUCCAGAAGUCGAGUGUAUAUUAUCGGAGUAUGCUGACGUACUCCUAGAGGAGCUUCCCAGAGAGCUGCCUCCAUUGAGGCACAUUCAGCAUGCUAUCGACUUGGUUCCCAGAGCAUCACUCCUGAACUUGCCGCACUAUUGCAUGGAGCCGGCCAAGUACAAGGAGCUUAGCCGACAAGUACAGGAGCUUUUGGAUAAGGGAUUCAUCCAACCGAGCCUUAGUCCUUGCGCCAUGCCUGCAUUACUAGCACCGACGAAGGAUGGCACUUGGCGCAUGUGCUGCGACAGUCAUGCGAUCAAUAGGAUAAUGGUUAAAUACCGUUUUCUGAUCCUACGAUUACAAGACUUAUUCGACAUGAUGAUAGAAGUCACUAUCUUUUCAAAGAUAGAUCUACGCAAUGGUUAUCAUCAAAUCAGGAUACGUCUAGGGGACAAGUGGAAAACCACCUUCAAGAUCAAGGAAGGCCUGUACGAGUGGAGGGUCAUGCCAUUUGGCCUCUCCAACGUGCCCAAUACGUUCCAGAGGCUAAUGAAUGAGGUUUUACGCCUGUUCAUUGGCAAGUUCAUCGUAGUAUACUUUGACAACAUCUUGGGCUACAGCGGUACUUGAGACUCCCACCUCUAGCACUUACAACAGGUGUUUGAGGCACGUCGAUAGGAGAAGCUUUAUGCCCAUUCUAAGAAGUGUAGUUUCUUCACUUUCGAGGUUACGUUCCUCAGUUUUGUCAUCUCCGAGCGAGGAGUUUUUGCAGACCCCGAAAAGGUUUGCACAAUAGUCACUUGGCCACAACCAGGCAGCAUGCACGACAUCCGAAGCUUCAUUAGACUAGCGAUGUUCUACCGUCACUUCAUUUGGGACUUUAGUUCCGUUACCGCUCCACUUAUUGAUUGCUUCAAGAAGGAGACCUUCCUUUGGACAGAGACAACUGAGCAGGCCUUCAAUCGAGUGAAGACUUUUAUCACUCAGGCACUGAUACUUUGCCUACCUGUCUUUGGCAAGGUAUUUGAGGUUGCUUGUGACACCUCGGGCGUUGGUAUUGGGGGUGUCCUUAGCCAGAAAGGCCAUCCCAUAGAGUACUUUAGUAAGAAGCUGAAUGACAUGAGACUUAGAUACUCCACUUACGAUCGUGAGUUCUACGCCGUCAUUUAG